UCGAACCUUAGGCACCAAGCUAGGGUCUAUAGUCCUCCUCACUGACAUCAUCCCGCCCAAAGUGGGAGUGACAUCAACAUGGAACACCAUCGAUAAGCCUUGGACCACGAGCCUUUAUAUCAUAUUUCCAUAAUCAUUCGAUAGCCGCGCGCACAACAUGUCGGAACAAAGCGUGACGGAGUUCAUCUACUUCCACGUCAAGGACAGCGUCCGACCCGAGGACCCCGCCCACAGCGACGAGGGCGCCGCUCUCCUGCAGGUCUUCCAGAACACCAAGCACCAGAACGGAUACAAGGGGUCCGUCUGGGGCCGGGCCGUCGAGGAUGCGAGUUUGAUCGUUUGGGCGAUUGACUGGAACGACGCGCACACCGGCGCACACCCGACCACGACCCUCGCCCCCUUCCUCCCAUCGGACAACCCCGAGAUCACCACCAUCUUCGCCACCCUCACCCCUUCCACCACCCCCUCCUCCGCUUCCGAGAACAACAAGAACCCAACCACCACCGAAACCCUCCGCAGCAACCCUACCACCGAACUGUGGACCCCCGCGUUCCCGACCUCCCUCAGCCCGGAGGAAGUCAACGCCGUGCACGCCGACCUCAUCGGCCUGCGCGCCGCCGUCACGGAGCGCCUCCCCGAAGGCAAACGGGCGGUGUCCUUUGCGAUGGGCCAGGUGGAGCGGCCGGGGACGAUGACGCACGAGCAGAGCGAGACCGGCGAGGCGUUUGUGGUGGUCGUGGCGGCCGGGUGGGCCAGCGUCGAGGUGCAUCUGGCGGGCAAGGAGACGGAGGCGUUCCAGACGGCCAUCGGGAAGGUUUAGGAGGGUAUAAGCUAGGUGUUCAUGUGUGGUUUAGGUAUUAGGUCUGUGUAGGGUCUGUCCUUUAAGGGUUGGAAGGUUGGUAUUAGGGCUGGGGUUGGAUGGUUGGGCGUGAUGAUGAUGAUGAUGCCACAGAAUUAUGAUCAGAAUUCAAAGCUGCUUCCUUUUUUCUUUUGGUCACACAACAAUAAGUA